GCAGCACCGGCCGUCCGCCCGCCCGCCCGGCCCCCCCCCCGCUCGCUGUGCCGGCCAUGGAGGGGAGAGAGGACGCGGAGUGCGACUGCCAGGCGGCGUUCGCCGAAGCCCGGCGAUGGGUAGAGACAGUUACUGGGAAAAGCUUUGGAAGCAAAGACUUUCGGGCAGCUCUAGAAAAUGGAGUCCUGUUGUGCGAUUUGAUUAACAAGAUCAAACCCGGCAUCAUUAAGAAGAUCAAUCGUCUGUCAACUCCAAUAGCUGGCUUGGAUAAUAUAAAUGUUUUUCUGAAAGCGUGCGAAAAUAUUGGACUGAAAGAAGCUCAGCUUUUUCACCCAGGAGAUCUUCAGGAUUUGUCCAAUCGAGUUACAGUCAAACCAGAGGAGACCAACAGAAGAGUGAAAAAUGUUUUGAUUACAUUAUACUGGCUUGGGAGAAAAGCUCAAAGUAACCCUCAUUAUAAUGGUCCAUACCUUAAUCUCAAAGCAUUUGAGAAGUUAUUAGGGCAAGCAUUGACUAAGGCGCUUGAAGAGUCCAGCCACCUGAACAGAAGUGGCAGGGAUAGUGGGUACGGUGAUAUUUGGUACGUUGACCGGGGAGAGCCCUUUUCGUCUUCAGCUAGCCAUAAAAGAGACGAUUCCUUUGAUAGCUUGGACUCUCUUGGUUCAAGAUCUUCCACAAGCUUUUCAUCAGAUAUAACCUUGAAAGGUGGCAGUGAAGGUUGCGACAGCGACACAGACUUGGAACUGCCUUUCAAAAUGCAUGACUCCCAUAAAGAUGACAGGUCUUACCGCAGGAUUUCUGUGAUUGAACCAAAACCUACCACUGACUUCAAUCGCUUCUUACCCAACAAAAACAAGCAGACGGCGUAUGUGCCAGCACCCUUAAGGAAGAAGAGGACAGAGAAGAAUGAGGACAACAGGAGGAGCUGGGCAAGUCCCGUCUUCACUGAGGCAGAUGGAACAUUUUCAAGUGGACGUGAAAGGAAUCCCAUAGCUUCCUGCCAAAAUAGCAGAGCAGAGUGUGGGCUCACAAAUCCAGCUUCCCUCCAGAUGUUCUAUGAGUAUGGCAGUGGCUCUGAUUCAGAAGAUGAAAGAAGGCUGCCUGACGUGGUUAUGGAUGACUUAGCAAAACGUAGAUUUCUAGUAAAAAAGAGCCCUGUAAGCUCUGCUGCACCUGGACAUCGUUUCGUGUUGCGCAAUGACUCUCCUAAAUCUUGCUCACAAGAAAAUUAUCCAGCUGGUCCACUAGCUGCAAUGCUUGAACCACUGAGUAACCAGAGGAGGCAGAGGCAGUUGGAUGCUAAAGAGGAAAACAAACCAAGAGUUAACAUUCCUUCAGAAUUAUCUGGGUAUUUUGAUGAGGACGAGGAAGAAGAAAUAGGCAUCCCAAACAUUGAAAAAGAUGAUCUAUAUUUUCGCAAGCUAAGUUCUUCAGCGGCAAAUACAGUUGUUGCUUUUGACAAAUUUCUUCCUAAGUUUUGGACUCCAGAAGAAGAAUUGCUUUGGAAAAAAAUCAGGAAAUCCUCUUUCAAACCCUGGUAUAAAGAGAUUCAAGGGUUCAGUAGAAAGAAAUCAGAUUCCGAGGAUGAGGAAUAUGCUUACAAACAAAGCUCUGCCAUUGUUGCUAAUCAACCAAGACCAAGUUUUGACUGGAACAGCAGUUGCAGAAGGGAUCAGAACUAUAAGCCAGCUGCUGAAUAUGUGGGAAGCUCAUUGUCACAGAUUGCAGAAGGAAAAAUCUUGGAGGCUUCUGAUCAGCCCAGUCAGUUUUCGUUACUUCAGGCCCUGCAAAAAUACUCUGACUACUUGUCUUCUGAAACGAAGACCAAAAUUGAUCCUACUUCUGGCCCUAGGCUCAUAAAAUGUAGAAAGAAUAUUUCCUUUGUACCAGGAUGCAAGCAAGGAGAUGCGGAAAAUGGAUACCUGUAUCCAGAUUUAGAAAAUGAUGACUUGUUCGUUCGGAAAACUGGGGCUUUCCAUGUGAAUCAAGUUGUUCUCCAAGACCCCUGGUAUUUUAAAAAAUUCUCUGAGCAGGAGCCUCCCCUAGAGGGUGAGAUAAUUCUGCAACCCAGAGAAGGCCAACCUGUAAUUCCAGAUUUGGAAAGGGAUGACAUGAUUUUCCGUAAAAUCCUCUCUCAGAAAAAAGAGGUGCCUUUAUCGGGCGCUCCAGACAAGUAUCACCCGGCACUCUUUCCUGAUCCAUGGAGUCUUCCGGAGGAGAUCCGGUCCAAAUUUCUAUGUUUACUUGAAAAAACUACGACACCAGAGGAAAGAAAGAGCAACGGCAGAGUGCUGUCGCCGUCUGCCCGCCAUAAGAAGGAUGAUAUGCUGACCCGCAAGAUUGAAUCUUGGAAGGUGGGAAGCAACAUCCAGCCAGUAAAUUUCAUCCCGGGUCCGUGCAGUGAAGAAGACUGGAAGAAGUGGGAAGCGAUCAGGGAGGCCAGCAAAGUUAGACACAAGAAACGGCAGAUGGUGGAGAGACUGUUUCAAAAGCUUUCUGAUGAGCAAGGGAGUAAAUCUUUGAAUGAUGUCAGCGCAGAGGAGCUGCAGUCAUUGCGCAAAAUCCGUUACGAAGAGCUACAAAGGAUAAAAGAACAGUUACAAGAACAAGAUCUAAAGUGGCAAGAAGAUCUAGCAAAAUGGAAGAAUCGUAGAAAGAGCUUCACUUCCGAAUUGCAAAAGAAAAAGGAAGAGAGAGAAGAAAUAGAAAGGAGAGCCUCUGAGGUGUCUGAAAGGAGUACCAAGUCACUGAAAGAAAUGCAGCAGGAGAGGGAGGACAGAGAUCAAGACUCCUACGGGCAGCGAAAACACGAUCGCAGGUGGACGUAUUCGCUGAACGACGAUGUGUUUAGUGAAGAAAAAGCACCUUCCACACGGUCAGCAGCAAAAGAUUACCUUUUGGAAGAUGCCUCCUACAGCACGAAGGACAGCAAAAGUGGGUAUGCCGCACAACCGCGCAAGGAGAGCCUGCCGGAGAGCUCGGCUGCUCAUGAAGCUCCCGCUCCGCCGAAGAGCCUGGCAGAGGAGCAGAGCUCGGCUCUUUUGUCUGCCCGCUACUCGGUGAAUGCUCAAACUGGGUCAGCUCAGGUUUCAGCUUCUCUCCCGAGAAGUUACCAGAAAACCGACACCUCUAGGUUAACAUCUGUGGUUACACCAAGACCUUUUGGUGUCCACUCAAGAGGAAUCUCGUCACUUCCACGGUCAUUCACGAUGGAUGACACCCAGAAAUACAAUGGAGAAGUAGAGAAAGCUAAAAGAACUCAAACUUUGUUCACUAGCAGUUCGUUUUCACAACCGGACUCUGCACACCCUCUCUCCGCUAGCGCAUUCAGAAGCAGAGAAAAUAUGAGUCUGCCAGAGCCUGAGGAUUCAAAACCCCUGGAACAGUACAGUGAUAUGAGAAUCAGUAUAAACCAGAGACCUGGCCACAGUCGCAGCUUUGGGUUUACAACAAAUUGGAGUUCUUCAGGGGCGUUUGUACAGACAGUUGAAGAAGGUAGCCCUGCAGCACUUUGUCAGCUGCAUGUAGAUGAUGAGAUCAUUGCUAUCAAUGGCACAAAGGUUUCACGUAUGGACUAUAGUCAGUGGGAAGAAGCCAUCAGCAGAGCACUAGAAACUGGAAACCUGGUCAUGGAUGUCAGACGAUAUGGAAAGAAUGAUUGGGGCAAAGACCAGCCUUCCCUGCCACAUGUAAGGCAUAAAAUCCUCAAUCUCACCAGUAUGGCUACCAACAUUAUAGGUACAUCUGAAAAUAAAUGGAUUGAUGCAACUUCUGGAGAACACGUUUCAAAUGUUUCCACCAUAUCAACAAAAAGAGAUUUCUCCAGCAGCCUUCGAAGUUCUGAUACGGAAACAAAAUUGAUAAAUGGAAUGCAAGGAGAUCUUAGCUCUAAUGAACAAAGAGCAUCUGAACCUAUUUCUUUGAAAAACUUAAAAAGACGGUCACAAUUUUUUGAACAAGGAGGCCCAGAGCCUGCAAUGCCUGAUCUCCCAGUCCCAUCCAUUAGUGCUCCCAGUCGUCGGGUUUGGGAUCAAGAGGAAGAACGAAAACGACAGGAAAAAUGGCAAAAGGAGCAGGACCGUUUAUUGCAGGAGAAGUACAAACGGGAACAAGAAAAACUGAGGGAAGAAUGGCUACGAGCUAAGCAAGAAGCAGAAAAAGAGAGCUCCAAGUAUUUUGAUGAGGAGCAGACUGUUCUAACCUUAAACACAACAUCUGUACCUGCACGGGCUCCAUCUGUGUCCAGCUGGAGAGCAAGCCCUGAAGCGAAUACUCUCGAGGAGCCAGAAGGAGAUGGAGGAAGCGAGCCAGCAGCACGCUUGCUGGGCGAGGAAGAAGAAAGAAGGAAGCUUCAGGAGGAGCGGAGGAUCCAGGAAGAAGCAGCCCUGCGUUUUGAGCGAGAAAGGGAACUCCAAGAGCUGGAGCUUGAGAGACAACGUAAAGAGAGAGAACAGCAAUAUGCUGAGGAGCAGAGGCAGCGGGCAGAGAUGGAGGAGCAGAGGCAGCGAGCUGAAAGGCAGAGGGAGGUGUCAGUGGAGACGUCUCGGUACCAAAGACAUUAUGAGAGCUAUGAAGUAUCUAAAACAAUAGAGGAUCGAGCUGGCCAUCCUCUCAUUGACAGGCAUUAUGAGCGUUAUGAAGUUUCUAAAACCAUUGAGGAGCAACCUGGCCAGUCAUUUGCUGACAGGAAUAAGUCCAAGUCAACUUCAGAACUGAAUGAAUUCAACACAAUCAGAAAUGGUACGCAGAGCAAGUAUUCGGAGAGGUCCUGGAACAUGGGUGAGUCGCAGAAGAAGUCUCAGAAGGAGCACAACCUGUCUGCAGCAGAGUUGGAGAGACAGCAAAUCCUUCAGGAAAUGAGAAAGAAAACAUCUCUACACACGGACAGCAGCUGGAUUAGGCAGCGCAGUUCCAGUAUACAUAAGGAGCCUGUUAGUCUGUACAGCAACAGUAUGAGGAGAGGGGAGUCUUUGGACAAUCUUGAUUCUUCAAGAGCGAGCUCGUGGAGGCACCACACGUGGCUGAACCAGUCUGCCUCCUCUUCGUCUCUAUCCUCUAGUCAAGAUUUCAGUCGCCCGGUGUCCACUUCAAACCGAGCCUACAUGUGCACUCCUUCCUCCAGCAAAGCACCUCCUGCGGGCACCUCCGCGAGAGCCCCGUCCGUGUCCCAGGCAGCCCCCCGCGCUCAGUCCCCCCUCUCUGCUUCCCAGCCAGGGUCCCAGACACGCAGCAGGUCAGUCAGUGGGAAGAAAAUCUGUUCAUACUGUAAUAACGUUCUGGGCAAAGGAGCAGCCAUGAUCAUUGAGUCUCUUGGUCUUUGUUAUCAUUUACAUUGCUUUAAGUGUGUUGCCUGUGGAUGCGACCUUGGGGGAUCCCGCUCCGGAGCUGAAGUUAGGAUCCGAAACAACAAACUCUUCUGCAACGACUGCUAUAUCAGAUUUAAAACUGGACAACCAACCUCCAUGUGAAGCAAAUGAAGAUAUGAAACCACUGUUGCAGAUAAAAGAAGAGGUGAUUGCUGCUGAUGUAGAUCUAUAAAUAUAUAUAUUGUGUGUACGUGUGUUUUUUCUAAGAGUAACUCUUGCUUGUCUAGUCUUCAUAGCAAUGCAUUGUAUUCUUCAUAUAUCUAUUUUUAUUUAUAAGAGAGUAAUUGCAGUAAGGAAAUAUCUGGGGAAAAUGCUUUCACUUUUUCAGCUUCAAGUACUGAGAGCACAAGGGAGAAUAAGUAUAUUUUCAGUAAUAACUUCAAAAUAUUUUUGAGGCUUAUAAUCAACUAGUUGACUUUCCAAUGGUAUAUGAAGAGGGUAUUUUGUUUCUAAGCUCUUGAAAUGAGCAUUAGAGAAAUAGCUAAUAUAAAUAUAUAUUUGCAAUUGCUGUCUUUAUUUUUGACAUAUACUGAAAGUGAAUUCUCUAGGUUAAUAUCAAGCUGCAUUUAAAUGCACACAAAUGUGUCUGCUUUCCAUACGCUGGUUUCUAAAAUUAUGUGCUUUGUUGAAACUUAAAUACAAAGAAUAAUCUGUUUGCUCAGUGGUGUUGGCAUAAUAUUCUGUGGAAUCCGUUUAAGGGGAAGAAUUCUCGUUUCCCAUUUGGAAAAUAUAACUAUGACUUUUUCCUAUACAAACUGAGUGGAGAAUGGUUGUUGAAUUACAGUAUAUUUGUAAAUAAAAUUUCUGAUGUUGCAUUUA